AUGAAAACUUUUAUUGGUUUUACAUUGUUGUAUUUGAUAUUGGCAAAGUAUAUUAUAUAUACAACAUCAUAGUCAAGAAAUCUCAUCUAUUUAGUAAGAUAAAUUGCAUCCAAUAUCAAAAAUCAUUCUUGGAUUAUCAGAAGUAUAAACAAAGGAUUUCAAUUUCCAAUAAUUAUUUGUUGCUUUAGAUGAAUUAGCAGAAUCUUUUUAAACAAGAAUAAAUGAUGAGAAUAGUUCUUAUGAACAAGAUUAGCAAUCAUAUUUAUCAGAUGUCUAAUUCUAUGAAAAUUAAAUUAAUGAUUUUAAGAACAAAGUUUAUAUUCAUCAAUAUAAUAUAGAUAGCAUAAUUGGAAAUUGAAAUCAAAGAAUUAGGUGAUGAAGGAAUACGUUUAUAAACAUUUUUAACUGAAGCUAAUUAAGAUUUAAAUGAUGCAAUUAAAUUAUUGGCCUAAAAAGAAUAAUAAAUUAACUCAGAUAAUACAGUAUUUGAAUAACAAAAUUAAGAAUAUGCUGAUACAAUUAAUGUUUUAGAUUAAGCAAUUGCAUUACUUAAUGAAAUCAAAGAUGAAGCUUCAUUAAUCUAAAAAAAAGAACAUAUUAAAGAAGUCUCUUUAAAUAUGCACAAAAGGUAUCAAAUUAUAUAUAAUAUAUAUAGUAUGAAGAAAUUAUCAUCAAAAAGAGUAUUCUAUUAACCUUUAGUAAAUGUUUUAACAUAAUUAUCAUAAAAUAACUAUGUAGAUUAAGAAAAUCUAAAUAAAGUCAUUAAUUUUAUGAAUCAACUUAGAUAAAAUCUUAUUGAUGCAUAAACAUCAUUGUAAAAUCAACAUGAAUCAUAAUCUAAAUUAUAAUAAGAUAUAUUAUCUGAAACUCAAGCCAAAGUUAGUGGAAUUCAAGAUGUUUUAAUUCCAUUAUUAGGAACUGAAAUUUCAAUUAAACAAUCUGAAAUUAGAGCAUUAAGUUCUAUAUUGUAAGAUGCAUAAAGUAAUUUAGCUGAUGCUUAGGAUAAUCUUGUUGCAACUUAAAAUAGAUGGAUUGAAAGGUAUAAUAUAAAUCUUUAUAUUUUAGAACUUCAACCCAUAAUAAUUUAUUGCAACAAUAUAAUAAUGAGUUAUUAGCAAUUAAAGAUGCUGAAAAUGCAUUAAAGAAAGGUGGUAUUUUUAGAUAAUGA